AUGCAUCUCGUCAAGUCUUUGUUCGUCGUGGCAUUGGCCACUCCAUUGGUGGUAGCCGGACCGAGAGGCAAUGGCCUUCGUCGACGUGCAGGAGAUGAUGAUGACUCCUCGUCUCUAUCAACCACAGACUUGACACCCAGCUCAUCCGAAUCUGCAAACGACCAGCCAUCUGUGAUUUUGAUUGGAACAGCACCGCUUGGGACUGGCAUCUCUUCAGCACCUGGGACUACACAAGCAGUUGUGAUCACCGAUGUUGUCUACACCACCUUGACCACUUGCCCAGUCACCAGCCUUGUCACUUCUGGCAGCACGUCGUUCGAGGAGAUCACGACUACCAUCUCAACCGUUACCCGUACUUCAACGUCCACGCUUUGUACCAAAUGUGUUGCACCUCCAAGUAAACCAGCAUUGUCUUCAAGCUCACCGAGGGAAACGGCCGCAACUUCUUUGCCGUCUUCCAUCAUCUAUUCUUUGUCACAACCAUCGUCAAGCCUGCCAUCAAUCUUGAGAUCCUCGACUGCUGAAGUGCCUGGUACUGGCGUGCUUUCAGCCAUCCUUUUCACAAAUACCAUUCCGGUGAUCCCACUGCAAACAGCCAUUUCUAGCAAGCCAGAAGUGCCCAACACUGCAACUUCUCCAAGCAAGAGUCCCGUCUUCCCGAGCUUUGUCUCUUUGACCGUCUCGGCUGCGUCAAGUGUCUCAAGCACUCUUGAAUUUCCAGGAUACGGCAUUGUACCAUCUCCAACCAGCACUCCCGGUUUACCAAGAGAAGAGAUCUUUUCCAACGCUACAUCUUCAAUCAUCCCUGUCUACACUGCAGCGUUACUCGGCAAUGCAUAUGGUGGUGGCUUCGUCAGCACUCCAUCCGUCUAUGUGACCAGACUGCCAUACCCCAACAGCCCAUCCUCAGGCGUUCCUCCUGGAUAUGGAUCAGGGUCGUCCACUACCAUCACUGAAAACAAUGUCACAGCAGUGUUCCCCAGCUUGGAAGCCUUUUCGACCUCAGCAGCUGGCCUACAAAGCACAACUGAGAUAGCAAUUUCUGCCUUUACUGCCACCAUUGCAUCAAACGUCAGCGUCCUGAUCGGCACCCUCGGUGCCUCGACCAUCGCUGCUACAACUUCCGGAAACGAAGGCUCCACUCCAACGUUCAUUUCGCUAUCACCGUUUGGUGGAGAAGUAGGCCAAGAGUCUGGUUCCCCUGCUAUUCCCACUGUGGUAUCCAUUGAAGUACCGAGCAGUCCCGGCUCUGCUAUCGUCGGAACUGAAGCCAAUGUAGCCUCGACUGCUACAACGCCUGUUCAGAGAGGCAACUCUGGAUCUGGUGGUGUCAUCGGCUACACCGCUAUUAUCGCAGCUACGUCACCUGCCGGGGCCUUGAAUGCUGAGGUCAACCAAGUGAGCAAUGCAGUGCUGUCUUCGUUGACGGCCGCUGGUGUCCCAACUUCAUCACUCAACGUACAGGUGGCCGUUGUCGGCUCUUCUACCACAUCGAUCAUCGGCUCGUCAGGCGAGACAGCAGAGUCCAGCUUCCCUACCUCAACGCUCAUCGGAGGUGCUGCUAUCCUAUCUACCGUGGCCACUGUAUCUCCACUUGGUGCAGGACCGUCCAGCUUUCAAGUCAUCGCUGCAGCAGAGAACGCUACCAGCUCGACUACCUCAGUGAUCGAAUUGGCAGGCGCAAUAGGAUCUUCCGUCGUCCCGGCCACCACAAGCGCUAGUGUUAUUCUAAGCCCAAACUUUUCCAGCAGCGGUAUCAACAUUGAGGCAACUCCUGCUGGCAAUCUGACUUCAGGCGAAAUCGGUGCCACUAUCAUUCCAUCUCUACCAGCCGAGCAAAGUGCUGGGCCCGUGGUCACUUUGGCUGUUGGAUCAUCGGCAGAGCAGACUCCAGCUGCUGGUCAAUCCGCUACUUUGAUGCCAACACCAAUCAUCGUCGCCAACGGUAGCACAGCCCUCGCUGUCGUUCCAUCGCCUGUCGUUGGUGCCAAUGGUCUGACUUCACUCGCUGUCUUUUCGACACCCAUAGCUCCUGCUGCUGGUGUGACUACGCCUGCUGUCCUCUUGACACCUAUCGUAGGCGCCAACGGUCUCACGUCACUCGCUGUCGUUGCCACACCUGUCGUCGGCGCCAAUGGCUUGACAUCGCUAGCUAUUGGGUUCGAGACCGAGACUAUUCCAACUGCUGGCCAAUCCAACAGUGCACCUACUCCAAUAGAAGGAUUUGUCGUCGUCCAACCACCAGCCUUUACACCGCAAGUCUCCGGAAGUAUCCCCAACCAAGCCAAUAUCGCUGCCUCUGGUGUCGUCAACGUCGUUUUGCCGUCCGGAUCCGCCGAGUCCCCAGUAUCUGGAGACAGUGGAAGUGGCAACUACAGCAUCCACGUUUUGCUUAACCCUACAGCUGCCUCUCAAUUCCAAGGCUCUGCUGUCAGAAUUUCUCUUGGUUUUGGGGUUGUCACCGGUGCGAGGGGUGAGAACAUGGGUUAG